AAGCUCCUGUGUUUGGUCUAUACGAUGGCCGAGAACCACGCGUCGAACGUACGAGCGAUCGCGGAGACGUGGGCGCCGGGCUGCGACGGCUUCGUGGCCUUUAGCACGGCGUCGGACCCGGCGCUCAACGCCAUCUCCAUCCCCCACGACGGCCGCGAGGAGUACAACAACAUGUGGCAGAAGAUCCGGUCCAUGUGGAAGUACGUCGCGGCGCAUUAUCUGGACCAGUACGACUGGUUCUUCAUCGGCGGCGAGGACCUCUACGUGAUCCCCCAGAACCUGCGGGACUACCUCGCCACGCGGCCGGGGCCGGAGACGCCCCAGUUCCUCGGCCGCCGCUUCCGCGACUACGGCAACGUGCUCUUCAACAGCGGCGGCGCGGGCUACGCGCUGUCGCGGUCCGCGCUGGAAGCCUACGCGGCCCACGCCGAGGAUGCUAGGUGCGCGCCCGCGGCGCACACGCCCCAGGAGGAUGUUCAAAUCGCGAAGUGUCUGAAGAAGAUUCUCGGAAUCGAGCCGGACGACACGCGCGACGCGAGCGGCCGCGAGCGGUUCCACCCCUUCGCGCCGGGCCACAUGCUCACGAUCCGGCCGCCGGCCAAGGGCCAGCACGACUGGUACUACGACUACAACAAGGAGUGGGGCGUCCUCCCGGGGACCAUGUGCUGCGCGCCGGACUCCGUGUCCUUCCACUACCUC